ACUACUAUUGGUUUGGCAGUAGUCGGAUCUGGCGUAUUCUUCUGUUAUUUUGCUCUCAGGAAGCUUGUAUUUGAUACAGCUGUGAUUUAUAUGACUCGCGAGAUGACUACAGCAUACCAUUAGCUCGUUUGACUGGGUAUAUUGCGGCUUGUUGCAUGGUAAUAGAAGAUUUAAGUGCUGCGCCAGAAUUGCCCCAGUGCGAAUGGUGUGGCGCCGCGGGGGAUGGUGAUCAGCAGGGUGGAGCGCCGGCACGCUGGCGGCGGCAGCGGCAAGACGCUGUCGCCCCAGGAGCUGUCCGACUGCGACGACAUCGCCACCGCGCUCACCGUCGACCCCUACCUGGGCUUCAACACGCACAAGAUGUGCAUCAGGUACCGGCCGCCGCGCUGCAACAAGGACGUGCUGCGCAACAUGAUCUUCUCGUUCAUCAAGGACCAGAACUACGAGGAGACGUACGAGCGGCUGGAGCGCUCCGAGGCCAUGCACCAGCUGAUGGCCUUCUAUAAGCACCGGGUCAACCGGGACGACCUGCGGGACCACAUAAUGCGCUUUCUGGGCGUGCUGGACGUGGAGUCCGGGAUCUCGAUCAUGGGCUGCAGCCGGUACUCGCUGGAGGAUAACGCCGGCGCCCGGGUCUGCUCCACCAAGGCGUGGGGCCGGAACGAGGAAAUCCAGUUUUUAGUGGGUUGCAUUGCUGAACUUUCGGAGGAAGAAGAGAACCACUUUCUUCACCCGGGCAAGAACGAUUUCUCAGUCAUGUACAGCACGAGGAAGAAAUGCGGCCAGCUUUGGCUCGGCCCGGCGGCCUACAUCAACCACGACUGCAAUGCCAACUGCACGUUCGUGGCCACUGGCAGGAACACGGCGACGGUGCGCACCCUGCGCGAGAUCGAACCCGGCGACGAGGUUACCUGCAACUACGGCGGCGACUUCUUCGGUGAUAACAACUGUUACUGCGAAUGCGAGACCUGCGAGAGGCGGCAGACGGGCGCGUUCGCCAAGAAGGACGCGGACCAGCAGUCGGAGGGCUACCAGCUGCGCUACUCGAGUCGACGGCAGGCGGCGCCGCCGGCCGCCGGCUCCCACAGCCUGGAGCAGACGGUCGAGACGCUGCGGCAGCGCGGCAUGACCCGCUACGAUGCCCAGAUUAUCGCCGAGCAGCGGUUGCGGCUGGAGCCGGCACCGCCGCCGCCACCGCCGCCGCCGGCGGCCGCUGCCGCCGGCUCGUCUCCCUGCCACGUGAAGCUGACUCUGCGCAUGAAACGCAGUCCGGCCGGCGACGACGUCAGCGAGUCGGCGAGCAGCCACUUCAGCGACGACAGCGCCACCAGCGGCGAGGUGCAGUACGAGGUGCUGCGCGUCGAGGGCGUCGGGGAGCUGCCCGCCGCCAGCUGGCACAAGAAGAAGAAAAAGCACAGCCGCGAGCGUCGCCGACGCGCGCAGCUGGAGGCGGUCGUGUCGGGACUGGGCGCCGAGCGGCCGCCGGGUGCCAAGCGACUGCGACUGAAGUUUGGCGGCGUGUCGCGGACCAUCGACCUGACGGGGUGACGCCGCCGCCGCCGCUACCGCCACCACCGCCGCCGCCGCCGCCGCCGCCGCCGCCCGCCCCGUCUUUCACUGGCCGUGCGCGCGCCACGGCCCAUUCCAUAGGCCGAGUACAACGUUGUUAUACCUCCAGUGGCCAUGGCCGUCGUGCGCGGCCGCUGUUCAGGGCCCACCGACCGCCGUGGAGUAUGUUUUAUUGGAGCUAUAUUAUCUGAUCCCGGCACUGCCAUGGUCAAUUUUGUGCAUGAGCAAUCAACUAUCCUUGCUGGCGAUUCUUUUGUAGAUGUUCCUCAGUCCGAUGCCGCAUUUACCUUGUGUGGAGUGGAAUAGUAGGACUUUUUUGAUCUCAUUGUUCUGAGUACGCUAGUGACCUUUUUUACCGCCGAUGAGUGAGCCUUUCUUUGGGCUGCGCUGUGUGGUAGCUCCCACGGAGAUUCGUCCUGAAUGACCUCGAGGUUGUAAUAAAUGUAUGCAUUUGCC